AAAAUGUUUAAAAAAUUUGAUUCAACAGAAGAUGUUAUUGGAAGUCAACAACUUAAAGGAUCUGUUCAGAAAUCAAUUCGUGCCAAAUUAAUUGAACAAUUUCCUCUUAUUGAAGAAUUUAUUGAACAAAUUUUGCCAAAAAAGGAAAAUUUUAAAUUGUUAAAAUGUAAAGACCAUUUGGAAUUAAUUGCUGACGUUAAUGGGGAAAUUCAGUUUGUUAAGCAUCGAGAUUUACCUCAAUACUUUCCAACUCUCAAAUUACUUCACAAAUAUCCUUUUCUUCUUAAACACCAAAAGGUAGAUAAAGGAGCUAUUCGUUUUGUAUUAAAUGGUUCUAAUAUAAUGUGUCCAGGCUUAACUUCUCCAGGUGCUCAAUUAAAUGAUUUAUGUAAAGAAGGAGAAUUAGUUGCUAUAAUGGGGGAAGGAAAAGAAAAUGCUAUGGCUAUUGGGCAAAUGAAGAUUUCCCCAUUAACAAUUCGAGAGAAGAAUACAGGGAUUGCAAUUGAUAAUGUUCAUUAUUUAAAUGAUGGACUUUGGAGGAUUGGACGUACAACAAAUUAAAUAUAUAUUUUUUAAAUUUGUU